AAGAAGACAAUGAGGAAAUGACGACUAAGCGGAAGUUGUCUGUGGUAAAACAACCACGCGCCAAAUUUGUGUCAAAUCUUCAGCAGUCGCUGCACCAGGAUGAAGGAGUGUGCGUGAGCUUUGUGGAGACCUGCAUGUGUCAAACGCUGCUGUGAGAAAAGGCUGAGCAGCAUGGCGGUGCCUUUCGUGCAGGACUGGGACCUUGUUCAGACUCUGGGAGAAGGAGCCUACGGAGAAGUGAGGCUACUGGUGAACAGACAGACGGAGGAGGCAGUAGCAGUGAAGGUGAUCGAUACCUCGCAGGCGAAAGAGUGUGCUGAAAAUGUUAAGAAGGAGGUCUGCAUCCAUAAGAUGGUCAAAAAUGACAACAUCGUACGCUUUUUUGGCCAUCGGAAGGAAGGAUCUACUGUUUAUCUCUUCCUGGAGUACUGCAGCGGUGGAGAGCUGUUUGACCGGAUCGAGCCUGAUGUCGGGAUGGCAGAAAAGGAUGCUCAUAGGUUUUUCCAGCAGCUAAUAUCGGCUGUGGAGUAUCUCCAUGAUUUUGGCAUCACACAUAGAGACAUAAAGCCAGAGAACAUUUUGCUGGAUGACAAAGAUAACCUGAAGCUGACAGAUUUCGGCUUGGCAACCAUGUUCCGUUUUAAAGGGCGAGAGCGCCUUCUGAAUCGACUGUGUGGGACUCUUCCCUACGUGGCUCCGGAGCUUCUGAGCCAAACUGAGUACAGAGCUCAGCCUGCAGAUAUCUGGGCUUGUGGGAUAGUGCUCACUGCCAUGCUGGCUGGUGAGUUGCCGUGGGACCAGCCAACCGAGAGCUGCCAGGAGUUCACAGACUGGCUUCAGAAGAAAACAUAUCUACCUCCUUGGAAGAAAAUACAACCACUUCCUCUUAGUUUGUUAUCCAAAUUGCUGCUGGCCAGUCCAGAUACACGCAUCACCAUCACAGACAUCCAGAAAGACCGCUGGUUUACAGAAGGAGUGAAGCAGCCACCAACUUCUCUGCGUUCAGGAGGGAACCACAGUCUUCGAUCUGAAGCAGCACUCAUAUCUCGGACCAACAGUGAUGACAGGAUGCAGAUUUCCAGCUCUCAGCCUGACUUGGUGGCCUGUGGCUGGGAAGCCAUGUUGUUAAUUAGUCAAAAUGAUGGUCAAGUCAGCUUCUCCCAGCCGGCCAAACCUGAGCAUAUGUUACUGGGUAGUCAGUUACUAGGCACACCAGGAGCCAGUCAGUCGCCAUGGCAGAGAUUAGUGCGGCGAAUGACACGGUUCUUCACUACUGUCAGUGCUGAUGACUCCUUGUCUGCCCUGAAAGAUGUCUGUGAAGGCCUGGGACUUGGCUUCAAGCUCACCAGCAACAAACAGGUGACUCUGAGCACACUGGAUAAGCGCAAUACUAAGCUCAUCUUCAAAGUUCAUUUGUUGGAUAUGAAUCAGAGAGUGCUGCUGGACUUCAGACUUUCUAUGGGUGACGGCUUGGAGUUUAAGCGUCUCUUUGUGAAGAUCAAGCAGAAGCUCGGUGACAUAAUCAGCACUCAGAAGGUUUUGGUCCCUGUCUAGUGAGCAGAUCUACACACAAACCCGUUCUAGCAUGGCCUUUGGAGAGACAAACCUGUAUAUAUUUACUUGUGUUGAUGUUUAAAUGUAUUCUGCUGUUUUUCUAUCCUUGUGUUAGAGGGCGGAAAAAACUUCGGUUAAGUCCUCAAAUAGAUUUUAGUUUUUGAAAGUGUGUAUGUGUCAUACAUGUGUUAUGAUUGAAGACUGAUGUGUUCCGAUUAUGUGUAAACAGUCCAAAGUCUUGAAUAAAAUCU